AUCUACUAGUGCAGAUGAUUUUUUACGUUCGCUGUACUUGGUGUCUUUAUUUAAGUAUUUAUUAAGCUUAUUUUAAUUUAUUAAAAUUAGAAGGAGUUUUUUCGUUUCCUAAUUCGGUGAUGGCUGCUCGGUUUUCCGGGCGAAAGCGCUGCAGGAGUUCUGUCGAAUGAAAAUCGACGGAAGUUCGAUUCUAUUAAAAGAAUUCGUCCUACUGCUUGCGAAACGUUUUCAUUGGCACGCUGGGAUCAACAAAAAACAAAAACCACAGGAAUUGAGGCGACGACGAACAAGCUGCUCGGCGACGACAACGUGUUACGCAUUGCAAAUAUGUCUGGGUCUGGAAGAAUGCGUACUUGUGAUGCGCAUUUCACAACACACAAAAAUCUCUCAUACCUAGGCAGGAAAAGUUGCCCAGAGUGUGCGAUCUGUCAUGCGGAUUAGGCAUUGCGGACGCUCCUUCUCAAAACCUGUGAUGCAGCUAGGGCUCUCAUUCCGGACCUUCUGUGUCAUGCGAAAACAGCAUGACAAAAAUCUGCGUUCUCCUUCCUGACCCAGACAGAAUUGCAUUUGAUACUUGCUAAAG